AUGCUGCAAAUUCGCUCCAUUUUAACUUCUCAACGAAGCUUAAGACGGUCCAAAUUAUUCCCAUUUCAUUCUUCCCGUUUGUGUUAUUCAGCGGCUGCAGUUGAAUCUGAGAGAACUAUCAGAGAAGGCCCUAGACACGACUGGUCCAAAGAUGAGAUCAAGUCCAUUUACGACUCUCCUGUUCUCGAUCUCCUCUUCCAUGGAGCUCAAGUUCACAGAGACGCUCAUAACUUCAGGGAGGUGCAGCAGUGCACUCUUCUCUCUAUCAAGACCGGUGGCUGUAGUGAGGAUUGUUCGUAUUGUCCUCAAUCCUCAAGAUACAACACUGGAGUAAAAGCACAAAAGCUAAUGACUAAGGAAACUGUGAUGCAGGCAGCACAGAAAGCAAAGGAGGCUGGCAGUACACGUUUUUGUAUGGGUGCUGCAUGGAGAGACACAAUAGGGAGGAAGACCAAUUUCAACAACAUCCUUGAAUAUGUGAAAGAAAUAAGGGAAAUGGGGAUGGAGGUAUGCUGUACAUUAGGCAUGCUGGAGAAGCAGCAGGCUUUAGAACUCAAGAAAGCAGGCCUUACAGCAUAUAACCAUAACCUUGAUACCUCCAGAGAAUAUUAUCCGAAUAUUAUCACUACAAGAAGUUAUGAUGAACGCUUGGAAACCCUUAAACAUGUCCGUGAAGCUGGGAUUAAUGUCUGUUCAGGAGGAAUAAUAGGCCUUGGAGAGGCAGAGGAAGACCGAGUUGGUUUGUUGCAUACUUUGGCAACUCUCCCAACUCAUCCAGAGAGUGUUCCCUUCAACGAUUCUUCCGUUUGCGGAAGCAGCAAAAACCAGUUUGAUGAGAACAUGUACGAUGUUCCAAGUCAGGACGCUGGCAAAAGUCAAAGUCAUGCUUAUAAUGGAGGGCCUGAAUGUAGCACAAGACGUCAUGGCUCUAUAAAUAUUGGAGCAUAUCCAACUGACAUAGCAACUGACACAUAG